GCUUCCUAUUUUAUUUUGAAUGAUGGUUCACCACCCACUCUCAUCAAGCAACAGGCAGAAAACUGAAAGCGUUGUGCCAUAUCCCACUGCUGAUUGCCAAAACCACAGCAAGCAACGUUAUCCACCAUGGCAGCUGAGAUCGGGCAUAUUGCUCAGCUUCUCGAUGCUACUCUCGACCAACAUCAACAUCGCAAAGCUGAGAACGCCCUUCGGCAAGAGGAGAAGAAGCCCAACUACUCGUUGACUCUACUCAACAUUGUCGCCUCGUCACCUCUACCUCCAAAGACCCGCCUCGCCGCCGCCCUCGCCUUUAAGAACUUCAUUCGCCUGAACUAUGUGGACGAAGAGGGCAACUACAAGCUGUCUCAGGAUGAGGUUGCGACGAUCAAGCAAGAGCUUGUUGGGCUGAUGAUCUCAUCUCCCCCCAACAUCCAGACCCAGCUCGGCGAGGCCAUCAGCAUUAUCGCCGACUCCGAUUUUUGGAAGCGAUGGGAUACCCUGAUUCAGGAUCUCGUCAGCCGCCUGUCCACCACAGACUACAAAGUCACCAAUGGAGUGUUGGAGGUUGCCCAUUCCAUCUUUGUCCGAUGGCGGCCCCUCUUCCAGUCCAACGAUCUCUAUGAAGAAAUCAACCACGUCCUGAGUAUCUUCGGCGAGCCCUAUAUUCGGAUGCUGAGCGUCGUAGAUCAGCAGAUCGAGGCAAACAGGAGCGACCCGACCGCACUCAAGGGCUGGUUCGACACUCUGAGUCUAUUAGUCAAGAUCUUCUAUGAUCUCUCGUGCCAGGACCUCCCCCCAGUGCUCGAAUCAAACCUCGGCCCUAUCGCAGCAAUAUUGCUCAAAUACCUGUCCUACUCCAACCAGAUUUUCGAUGGCGACGACGAUGAGGCAACUGCCUUGGAAACUGUCAAGGCCGAUGUCUGUGAGGUAUUGCAGCUCUACACGACCAAGUUCGACGAUGACUUCAACACCUACGCGGAUCAAUUCACCAAUGCAGUCUGGCAUCUGCUCUCAACAGUCGGGCCAGAAAAGCGAUAUGAUCUUCUCGUCAGCAAAGCGCUCCAUUUCCUGACAGCCAUCGCGUCAGUGCCUCGGCACGCUCAGAACUUCAGCAGUGAGGAGACCCUAGGUCAGGUUGUCGAGAAGGUCAUCUUGCCCAACGUUGCGCUCCGUGAAUCAGACAUCGAAAUGUUCGAGGACGAGCCAAUCGAGUUCAUCCGAAGAGAUCUCGAAGGCUCCGACACAGAUUCUCGAAGACGGGCCGCGACCGACUUUCUACGGAAACUUCUGGAGAACUUCGAAAUGCUCGUCACCCAGGUAGUAUUCAAGUACAUAAACCACUACCUGGGCAUUGGCGGCAAAGACUGGAAAGCCAAGGACACCGCUGUCUACCUUUUCUUGGCAAUCGCAGCAAAGGGAAGCGUGACAGCUGCCCAGGGAGUCAAGACAGUGAAUCAAUAUGUGGACGUCGUCGACUUCUUCCAGAAGAAUGUUGCGUCGGACUUGGUUGCCGACGAAGGGGUCGAGCCUAUCUCCAAAGUUGAUGCGAUCAAGUACCUGCACAACUUCCGAAGCCAACUGAGUAAGGAGCAAUGGCAGGCCGCCUUCGAGCCCCUCAUCAAGAACCUUGCUUCGACAAACUACGUUGUCUAUACCUACGCAGCCAUCGCCGUCGAGAGGGUUCUGUUUCUGACUACCGAUGCGGGACAACCACUAUUUUCAAGAACUGAUAUCGAGCCGUUCGCGAAGGGCCUUCUGGAGCAUCUCUUCAAUCUCGUGGAGAGGGACCCAUCGCCUGCAAAGCUUCAGGAGAACGAGUUCUUGAUGAGAUGCAUCAUGAGGGUCUUGAUUGUUAUCAAGGAUGGAGUGGCCCCAAUCCUUGACGGCAUCCUAGACCACCUCAUCAACAUCACCAACAUCAUCAAGGCGAACCCUAGCAACCCGAGGUUCUAUUACUACCAUUUCGAGGCCGUUGGUGCUCUCGUGAGAUACUGUGCUGCCACAUCCGGCGCCAAACUAGAGGCACGACUAUGGGCACCUUUCUCUUCCGUUCUCAAUGAAGAGGUCACAGAGUUCGUCCCAUAUGUGUUCCAGAUCUUUGCCGCUCUCCUCGAAGCAGACCGCUCCAGCGCCCUUUCGGAUAACUUCAAGACUUUGAUCACACCGCUGACGACUCCGACGGUGUGGGAGACGAGGGGCAACGUUCCGGGAUGCGCACGAUUCCUUGCGGCGAUAAUCCCGAAGGCCACUGGAGAAAUCCAAGCCGGUAAUCAACUGGAGCCCGUUCUCGGCAUCUUCCAGCAACUUCUCUCCGGCAAGAAGACGGAGCAGAACGCGUUUGAUAUCCUCGAGGCCAUUGUGGGGUCGUUCCAGGGGCCUGUUCUAGACCAAUAUUUCGGGACAAUCCUGAGGAUUGUCUUCGCCAAGCUACAAGGCAACCCAUCGGAUUCCUACAAGUCCCGCUUCGUACGCUUCUACCAUCUCGUGUCGGCGAGGGGCUUCGAGGCCGGUCUGGGGACCGACUACUUCAUCAAGCACGCCGAGGCACUGCAGGCUGGCGUGUUCACUCCAAUCUACCUCAACAUCAUCCUGCAGACAACGAGCCAGUUCGCACGUCCAGUGGAUCGCAAGCUUGGCGUUAUCUCGUUCACCAAGACGCUGUGCGAUUCGACUGCGUUUGCUCAGCGCUACCAGAAAGGCUGGGGCUUCACUUGCAACAACUUGCUAGAUCUUCUCAAGAACGCGGCGAAAGUGACGGCGGGUGUUGGUGACGAGAUCGUUACCGAGGCUGAUGUCGACGAUAUCGGGUUCGGCAUUGGCUACACGCCGCUCAACACGUGCAAGCGAGGGCCCCGGGAUGACUUCGUGGAGAUCACGAACGUGGAAACCUGGGUUAGCGGAUAUAUGAAGGCUGCGGACCAGCGACACAGCGGCGCCAUCGUCAAGUUCGCGGACGAGCGUCUAAGCCCGGAGGCGAAGCAGGUACUUGCUACCUACCUACAGUAGGAGGGUCUAGGGAAAGAGCAAGAUGUAAUACGUGCAAUGCGUGCCAUGCAACUGCGUCGAUACCCAGCCCGAAGUCUCGGGGAGGGCUCGCAACAUUGGCGGCCCUGGUAGUGGUUUUACCAGGCCAAUUGACAGCCCGACUGAAAGUGGAAAAAAAGCUACCGUCCGUUAACGGUGUUGGGAAGCAUUCACACAAAAGGGCAUCAUCGUCCAUUGAGUCAAUCAAAGCUUUGUUACAAAUAUGUUUUUUAGAGGGAAUCAACACCUCCCAUGUGAAACUCUGACAGACCACAAAGCAGUCU